AGCUGGGUGUGGGCUGUCGCCUCGACGCAACUCCUGUCUCAAUAGCCUUCGCUGUAGGUUUCCACCUCUCCUUUCUCUUUCACACACUCUUCCUUCGUCCUUCUUCUCCUCGGCGCUAGGACACCGGUACAACGCGACGCACAGCGGCACCCAACCAUACCAACGCAUUCCCCUCCCCACCCCGUCUGCCCCACCCACUUGCAGUUCAGCCUCCUCGUACAGAUGGAACCGCGCACCGCCGGCGCCGCCUCUGUAGAAAGCUUUCCGUCGCCCUCACCAGGCAGCAGCGCCGUCCCCGCUUCUACCCUUCCCAUCACCACUACGAGCACCGGCAGCACACGCGGCAACGGCACCUCCUCUUCGAUCGGGGCGUCGCCGCUAUCUGGCCAAAAUUAUCUUCGUUGGUAUAACGGCGAAAGGGGGGGAGGUGGAUCCAACACGGGCUCACUUCGUUGCGAGAACGGCCCCAACGCCCCCCGCUCCGGCGCCACAAACGACGUCGUCGUUCCACUGCCGGCGCCCCUCCUUCGGCGAGUUGCGUGUGGUGACCUAUUCUCCUCUCCCGUCCGAAACGCCGCGGAUGACGCCGGCACGCCGCCCAACGUCCUCUUCGUGCGCUCCGAGGCACCGGAGGACAGGGAAACGAUGAAAGAAGAAGACACUGCGCAUUUCGUGGACGGGAUGUGUACUCCACCGUCAUGUCAGCGCACUUCGGAUCGCGCGGAGAGGACCGCCGGCGACUCUGACACGUACGUGCCGCCACGCUUCUACCACUUCGAACGUCUCGUCUACGCAGGAGUCCUCCUCGGCUUCAUCUUUCGCUCCUACUACGUCGGGAUGGGCUUCUUUAAGGAGCACAUGCCCCAGCUACGACGCGGUGUUGGUACGCCGAACAGCUUUCUCGCCGCGCUUCUCCCCACCAUCGGCUACGACGGCGGUCUCGAUCGGCAGUGGAUGAGUUUCCUGCGCAGCCUGCCAUCGCUUUUCCUUCUCGCCGCCGCACUAGGUGUCGGCACACGGGUUCUACGCCACGCUGCACGCCCUGAUCUGAUGUCCGGUCACCUGCCGUCACCAUCGCUGCAAACGACACCCUCACUCGUGCAAUGGCGUUCAUUGCACUUCGCCCUCGGCGAUCGUGACGCUGCCCGGCUGCAGGUCUGUAUGUACAGCGCGGUCGGUGUUGUCUUUGUGGCCGUCGUGCACGGCCCGCACUUCUUUCUGCCGCUUCUGCUCACCCUCGCCAACUACGUCGUCUUCUCCCGGCUGCAGCGCUGGUGCCCCUACCGGGUCUUCAUGGCUGUCAUGUGGGCUACGCACAUCGGCCUCCUCUACAUCAUCGAGCUGUACGCCGGCUUCGAGGACACGUACUGGUUGCAGUACUACUUUCCCACCAGUUUUGGAAGCACUCGCAGCGCCCUCGGACCCAACUUCGCUCGUCCUGGGUUAUGGCGUCAACGCAUGCGCUGGUACGUCGCCUUCCGCAUGACCACGCUGCGCCUCAUCGCCUUCAACUACGACCUGUGGGAGGCCACGCACAAUGCGGCGCACGCGAGGGAGCGGGCGACCAGCAAGCACGACACCGCCUGCGUCGAGUGCGCGCAGCUGCGCGAGCAGAACAACGGCCGCGUUGCCGCAGGAGCAGCAUCAGCAGGAGCAGGCGCAGGCGCAGGCGCAGGAGCAGGAGCGGCAUCGCUGCCCGCGGAGGCGUCGCGCUGCUACAAGUACCGCACCGAGUACGCGCGCGACCCCGGCGACUACAACUUCGUCAACUACCUCGCCUACGUCGUGUUCCCCCCGCUGUACCUCGCCGGCCCCAUGUCGUCCUUCAAUGCCUUCGUGUCCUACAUGCGUGUGCCCAGCACCUCCAUGCCGGCGCGUCAGAUGAUCGUCUACGCUCUCCGCACGGGUGCACUGCUUCUUGUCACAUACAUUCACCUCCAUUUCUGGUUUAUUGUCGCGUUGUCGGAGCGCAUUGAUCUGCUCACGAGCGCGAGUCCUGAGUUCCAAUCCUACGUGCUGUACCACUACCUGGCCUAUCUUUGGCUGAAGUUCAGCUUUAUCUGGAAGUCGUCGCGCCUCUUCGCGAUGUUCAGCGGCAUCGAGGUGCCGGAAGACAUGCGGCGCUGCUUUUCUAAUACGACAACUGUACGAAACUUCUGGCGCGACUGGCACGCCUCCCUCAACCUGUGGAUCGUGCGCUACAUGUACAUCCCGAUGGGCGGCCGCCCACGCGCCGCGCUGUCCGUCCUGCCCAUCUUCCUCUUCAUCGCGCUGUGGCACGACCCGGCGCUGCACCUGCUGAAGUGGGCGCUGUGCAUCGUGGUGAUGUUCGUGGUGGAGCUGGCGGUGAGCGCGUGCUUCGGCUGGGUGGCCGGCUUGUUCCGCCGCGAGAUGGCGGCGACGGCGGCGGACGCAGUUGAGGGAGCGAAUGUCACGGAGCAGGCGCAGUUCUUUGGCGUGCGACGCACACGUGGAAGAGGCGUGCUCGUCUCAUGUGUCCGACUCUUAGCGCGGUGCGCACUCCGGUACCUUACGCCCUUGCAGCGCGGCAGCGUGCAUCGCGAGCUCGUCACUGUCGGCUGCUUCUUCAGCGUCUUCGGCCUUAUCGUGUCCAACAUGAUCGGUUUCUGCGUGCAGAACACGGCGGCAGAGGUGAAGGAGCAGUCAGUGACGGACCUGCUGAUUUGGAGAGCACUGAGAACGGCGCAUGUUCGCUAUUUCCUCGGCCUCUUUUGUAUUCUGUAUAGCGCGUCUGGGAUCGGUGUGUCCAUGUGGUUCUGGGAGGGUGUGAGGGCGCGGCAGCUGCGCGCGCGGUACCGUCUGAAAGCGAAAGCGCCGACACAGUUGGAGAAGACGUAUUUGUGA